CGGGCACUGUCAAUAUGCGGUCAGUAUCCCUCUAAUCCAAUAAUUGGGUGGAUAGCCGCCAUAUUUCCUCUCACAGUAUAAAUUGCCGGGAAAAUCACCCUUCAGCAUCAGUUGACAUUCAACCAUUUCGGUGUUAACAGUAAAGAAAAAUCUCGCUUAACUCAAGAUGUCCGGAGACAUGAUGCGUUUUACCAUUGGCGUCGUCUGCGUGGUGGCUGUCCUUCUCUCCCUGGCUGAAGUCAGCGAAGCCAACUACAAGAACGCACCCAUGAAUGGCAUCAUGUUCGGCAAAAGGGGACCUACUGAAUACGACCAACGUAGCAAGACCUUCACGGCUCUGUGCGAGAUAGCUACCGAGGCGUGCCAGGCAUGGUUCCCCUCUCCUGAAAACAAGUGAAUAAACAUAUAAGCCAAGCAUAUACCCAUUUACGACAAUAGCAUUUGACUUAUGGAUUAUGGCAUAAUAUUACAAUAAUUUGUAGGGACAUUUUGUAUCAAGCAUAGCAACACCAAUGCUUUCUUUUUAAUCUUUUUUUUUAUUUAAUUGUAUUUCUUAAAGGCUGGAAAAAUUGUAUGACUUAAAAAUGUAGAAAUAAAUGCUAGUAAUCCAAGAA